CCCACAAUGCAUCGCCCCCUUUCCUAGCCGCCCCCAGCCCCUGUUCUCUGGAGACCCCGCCGGCGAGCCGCGCGCCAGCGGUGACCCGUUGUGCGUGAGGUUAAGGCGCGGGGCGGAGAGGCUCGGGGCCGCGGCACCAUGCGGCGGGGAGAGCGCAGGGGCGCUGGGGGGCAGCGGCCCGGGUCCCCGGUACCCGCGGGCAAGGCCUCGCUGGAGGAGCCGCCGGACGGUGCGCCCGUGGGCCGCCGCAGCACCGAGUCCGAGGUCUACGACGACGGCACCAACACCUUCUUCUGGCGCGCGCACACCCUGACCGUGCUCUUCAUCCUCACCUGCGUGCUCGGCUACGUGACGCUGCUGGAGGAGACGCCUCAGGACACGGCCUACAACACCAAGAGAGGUAUUGUGGCCAGUAUUUUGGUUUUCUUAUGUUUUGGAGUCACACAAGCUAAAGACGGGCCAUUUUCCAGACCUCAUCCAGCGUACUGGAGGUUCUGGCUGUGCGUCAGCGUGGUCUACGAGCUCUUCCUCAUCUUCAUCCUCUUCCAGACCGUCCAGGAUGGCCGCCAGUUCCUGAAGUACGUGGACCCGAGGCUGGGGGUCCCCCUGCCGGAGAGGGACUACGGGGGGAACUGCCUCAUCUACGACGCGGACAACGAGACGGACCCCUUCCACAACAUCUGGGACAAGCUGGAUGGCUUCGUGCCCGCGCACUUCAUCGGCUGGUACCUGAAGACCCUGAUGAUCCGGGACUGGUGGGCGUGCACGGUGGUGAGCGUCAUGUUCGAGUUCCUGGAGUACAGCCUGGAGCACCAGCUGCCCAACUUCAGCGAGUGCUGGUGGGACCACUGGAUCAUGGACGUGCUGGUCUGCAACGGGCUGGGCAUCUACUGCGGCAUGAAGACCCUCGAGUGGCUGUCCCUGAAGACCUAUAAGUGGCAGGGCCUCUGGAACAUCCCCACCUACAAGGGCAAGAUGAAGAGGAUCGCUUUCCAGUUCACGCCCUACAGCUGGGUCCGCUUCGAGUGGAAGCCGGCCUCCAGCCUGCGCCGCUGGCUGGCCGUGUGCGGCAUCAUCCUGGUGUUUCUGUUGGCAGAGCUGAACACGUUCUACCUGAAGUUCGUGCUGUGGCUGCCGCCCGAGCACUCCCUGGUCCUGCUGCGGCUGGUGUUCCUCGUGAACGUGGGCGGCGUGGCCAUGCGGGAGGUCUACGACUUCAUGGACGACCCGAAGCCGCACAAGAAGCUGGGCCAGCAGGCCUGGCUGGUGGCCGCCAUCACGGCCACGGAGCUGCUCGUCGUUGUCAAGUACGACCCCCACACGCUCACGCUGUCCCUGCCCUUCUCCAUCGCCCAGUGCUGGACGCUCGGCUCCGUGCUCGUGCUCACCUGGACCGUCUGGCGCUUCUUCCUGCGGGACAUCACCCUGCGGUACAAGGAGACCCGGCGGCAGAAGCAGCAGGGCAGCGGUGGCGACCAGGGCACGGCCAUGGACAGCAAGGACGGGUGCCCGCCUGGGCCCUCGGAGGCCACAAGGGCAGCGGCGCCGGCUCUGCACUGACCUGCCCGCCACCGGGGGCCAGCCCUGCUGUGCGCCCCCUCUGGUUCCCGCCAGGAGCCUCCACAGGGGGCGCCCGUCCUGGCU